AUGGGGCGGCCCUCUGUUGACCGGCAGCCAGUCAUUGUCCAAGGACCUCAUCAUGCCCCAGCGCUCCUUUAUGUGCCUGGAAGAAUCCUUAGGACUUUGACGGAGGCAGAGGAUGACAUCAUCCGUACUGGGCUGUUCAUGCCAGGCACAAGCUUCGCUGACUCAUGCCAGCUUACUCAUGAGCAUGCGCCCCUUUUUCUGUCCAUCCCGCCUGGCACUCGGAAUGUCGGGCUUUUUGUGCCAGCACCCGCCUUUUUCUGGGGCUAUCACGUAGUCUGGGUUCCGCCCGGCACUGAUCCAGCUACGCUACCUCUGCCUGUCCGCAAAGGUUUUACCUUGAUUUAUCCAGGCGGAAUUGAGCAUGGCGCGACUGUCCGACACAGCCGUAUCGGGGCGCCCAACACAGCACGGCAAAACAGUGCGGGCACCGGAGGCACUUCACUUGUUCAAAUCCAGGACGAGCGCGACAGACAAGCUAAGCGGUGCAAGGCACUCAUUCGGGCGCACGGUCUGCCAAGGGACUGUGGUUGCCAGGCAGGUGUUCCGACUUGUGACGGCCGGCCGGCUGUCACUGAUGUCACGAGCCACGCUUAUGAUGGGGGGAUCCCGCGGGACGCCGAAAUACAUGGCGCGACCUUGGCCUGCGCGGCUAAAGAAGGCCCUGCAUCUCUUCGACCUCCUGGACGGCAGCCCAUCCCUACCCCUUUGGGCAGGCGCAAAUUACCUGCUCCCGCCAAAGACUGGUCGGCCCCUCCUGCGACGCCAUCGCACCUGCCGGGGGUUCGCUGCCUAAAGCUGCAUGAACUCCUCCCUGGAGCCACUGCUCGCAAGGGACCAGGCAAGCUGCUCUUGGGGGUCGAUGCGGACAUGGAGCAGUUUCUGUUCGCUCAAUUUGGGCUACAAUGCUUCGACCCGGAUUGGGAGGCAGUCAAUGAUGUUCCUCCAUGUGCACGCAGAUUCCUGAAGAAUCUGCCUCAGCUACCGCCAGACACCAGACCUCAGGCCAUGCAAUUCUAUGUAGACGGCUCCUAUUAUGAGCAUUCCAAAGACUGUGGUUGGUCAAUCUGUGCGCUUGCCCUGCAUCAGGGUCUAUGGACGUGGGUCGGACAUCACACCAUUCGUGCACAAGCUGCUGGCUCCUACCACACCUUAGGAGCCCCGGUCCACUCAGCCUACGAGACAGAGCUCGCAGCAAUGGCAUAUACCCUCGCACACUGCCUAAGCACUGAUGUGCCGUGCGCGAUCGGAUUUGAUUCGACAUCGGCCCAAGCUGUUGCUUCGGCCAGCUGCUACGACCAGCAGGACUCUCAUUUAGCGCAGGCUUGCCGGUCUAUGAGCCAUCUCCUCAUGUUGCGCGAUCGCGCGCCUCUGUGGAUGCAUGUCAAGGCACAUUCCGGCCACCCGUUAAAUGAGUUUGUUGAUGCGGCGGCCAAAUCUGCGGCCAGGGGAGAGAUCGCUGGACAGUUGCCGACAGCAUUGUUUGAGGCACAAACGAGCUCCACGCUGGCCUGGCUGUGGGCUGGCAGCGGUUUGCACCCCUCUGUGCCGGCUGUCCUGCCUAACGGGGCGUUGGCUGACGCCGACGAGGUCCGCCCCUCUGACGUCGGUAUUUCGGACAUGUGCCCUUCUCCACCUCCACUUGCAGCCAAUGUCUCGUUUGAUUUCAGAGCUGCAACCUACAACUGCCUUACCUUGCAAUCUGUUUCUCAGCAAGAGAGCCUGUGCUCUCAGUUCCACCGCAAAGGGGUAGCUGUUGUCGGUUUGCAAGAGACGCGCACAGGCACCUCGGGUAGGAGCAGCAAUCAGCACUACCACAUCCUUCACAGCCCUGCGGCGGAUGGACAACUGGGGUGCCAGCUCUGGCUGUCCAAGAGCCUCGCCGUUGCUAGGGCUGGCCAGAAUCCAGUGCACUGGGAUGGGGCCAGCAUGUGCAUAGUGUGUACCACACCACGCAUGCUCCUAGCCACAGCCAAGGCAGGGGGCAUUACCUUCGCCUUUGCCAUCGCGCAUAGCCCGACGACUAAAUCUGGGGUAACUUUCUGCCAGAAGUGGUGGGACAGUCUUCACAGUGCCCUUCGACGGCUCCCGCACAACAGUGUGCCCAUGAUGUUCAUCGAUGCCAACGCACACAACCACGAUCCCGUGGACCACUUGGUGCUGCGAUCUGACAUCAAUGUCAAUCAAACGGGCUUUGCCGAGGUAGUCCGUGCUCAUUCCUUUUGUGCCUCCGGGUAUGUUGACGUUUCGGGUGCUCCCUUCUAUACGUGGCAAGGGCCCGGCAACCAAAAAGCUUGUCUGGACUACGUCUGCUGUCCCGAUUCCCUUAGGGCAGGAAUGGUUGUGGAGGGACCGCUUCUUGACUUUGUGGGGCACGUGGACCAUGACCAUAAGCCUGUCCUCACCCGUUUCGCCUGGAAGCAAGCAGGUUCUCUUACAGCCAAGAAGCCCAGACUCGACGUCGAGGUUCUCCGCACUCCUGCAGGCAAGGCGGCGCUACAACAGGUAUACAGACAGGUGCCCCGCAUUGAUUGGGCGGCCUCGGUGGACGAGCAUGCCUACAUCCUCAAUGCUCACAUUAUGCGUGGCCUUCGUCACAUUUGCCCCAAGCUCGCCGAUCGACCGAGGGACCCUGUUACCUCUGACAGCACUUGGCAGCUAAUCAAGGAUCGGCGGGCUUUGCGCCGGGUCAUGCACCAAGUUACCGACCGGGAGGAGUGGCAAGACUACCUCGUGCUCCUGGGUGAGCAGGUCAAGGAUAUGACACGGCUCAUCCGCGCGUCUGCCAAAGACGAUGCCGCGCGGGCCUUAAGGCACUCCUUCCAUGAGGCUAGGUCACAAGGCGUGGAAGCUCUACAUCGUCUAUGCAGGCGUAUCUCUAAGAUAGGCCGCCGCUACAGAGCGCCUGCGCUCUGCCCUGCCCUGCGCCAAGAAAACGGCACAGUGGAGGAGGACUCCUUUCGAGUCCUGGGUGACCACUUUGCAGAAGCUGAACGUGCUACUCACACCACUGCCGAGGCCAUUGACACUCGGGGAGCCAGUUACGCCGCCCAAGACUUUCCGGUCGCCGACUGUCUGUCGGUUGCAGGGCUUGCGCGUGCAUUUAGUGGACUCUCGACUCGGAGAGCUGUCGGUUGGUCCUCGCUCCCUGCCGAAGCGUAUCAGGUUGCUCCCCUUGAAGCAGCGCAUCAACAUGUUGCCCUCCUGCUAAAGUGCCAGCUUCGCAGACAGUGCCCGCUCAUCUGGAGAGGAGGGAUCGCCGUGCCAAUCCCUAAACCCACCAAGCCUCCACACACGACGGCCGGCUGGAGAAGCAUAUUGUUGCUUGAGCCCGGCGCCAAGGCAGUGGCGCGCGCUUUAAGGGCUGACCUCCUCCAGGCUUUUGAUUGCGUCCGUCAGCCCGCACAGGGAGGUUCCAGGCCUAAGAACCCUCUCCCCGUUGCAAGCGCCCACGUCAAGGGCUUGAUCAAAAGAAUUGCUGAUUAUAAGCUCUGUGGAGGCAUUCUUUUUGUCGAUGGCCAGGCCGCCUUCUAUAGUCUGCUGAGGGAGCCGUUGCUGGGCACGGCCUCCUGCAGCGACCAAGAAUUCAUACACGCGCUUGCAGAUGCCGUGUUUACGAAGGAGGAGGACCGCAUGCGCUUUGUCAUCCAGGCCAUGGGGCCCGGCCUUCUGGCCUCAGCCGCGGUGCCAUCUGCUGUUCAGCGUUUUGUAGCCGCCUGCCUUGACAAUACUUGGUACUGCGUGGGACGAGAGCCUGGUCACUUCUACCUGACCCGUACGGGAUCCGUCCCAGGAGCCCCGCUUGCAGACCUUCUCUUCCAGUUGGCUUUCGGGAGAGUCCUUGCGGACAUCUCUGAGCGGGCUGAUGCCCUGGGCAUACGCCCCCUGUGCCCUACUGCCCCCGGGGGUGCUGUGCUUCCUUUGCCGGCUCCCAGUUGGAUGGACGACGUGGCUUUCCCGGUGCUUGCUGAUCGACCUGCUGAGCUUUUGGAGCAAGCAGGUUGCAUGGUCCAGGAAGUUGACGCUGCUUUACACCGCACAGGUAUCAAGGUCAACUUCGCGCCAGGCAAGACUGAAUUCUUGCCCAUCAUUACAGGUGCCAACAGUAGGCUGCUUCGCCAACGCUGGCUUUGUCAGCAAGGGGCUAAUUUUUCAGUCGACACGGGCACAGGCCAGGUCACCGUUCACCUUUCGGAGCGUUACACGCAUCUAGGCUCUGAGGUAGAUGCAACAGGAGGUGACCUUGCGGAUCUGGGUCGUCGCCGAGGUCUGUCCAGGGAUCUGUGCAAAGGCAUCUCUCGGCUCGUCCGCAAUCCACACCUUACCCGAGGUGAACGGACCAACCUUGUCAUCAGCAUGCCCAUUGCGCGACUCUGCCACAACUCAGGACUAUGGACGUUGCGCACCUUGCAGGAACAAAGGCUCUACAAUCAGGCCUACAUGGAGCCCUGGAGGCGCUCUUUUCGUGCCCUCUGUGGCAUUUCCAGUCGGGGCCUGGAUGACGAUGCGGUCUGUGCCUGCCUGGGUGUUCUUACCUCGACACAGGUGCGUACUGCCGACCUGCUGCGCUAUGCGGGAUGGCUUCUUGCUGAUGGUUCUCAGGUGCUGCGUGAACUCUGGUUCGAUGCGGGCCCUUGGCACCAGCAGAUACUACGAGCCCUUCAAGACUGUGCCAAUGUCGUUGAGGGCUGCAGCUGGGACCGUCUGUGUGCUGACCCCUCGCUUGCCAAGCAGUGGGCCAGCAGUUUCUCUCGUAGGUGCCGUACCAGGGCUCAAAAGAAGCAAGACGAGAACCUACUCAAGUGGACCAACCUGGCUGCAGCUCGGUCCGCUGGGGUCUACUUCUUCCACUAUAAGGGGAGUGGCCCCACUGGGGCCCAGCACAAGUGCCCCAAUUGUGCCUUAAAAUGCAAGACUGCGGCUGCGCUUGCAGCACACAUGAGCAAGGCUCAUGGUUGUGUCGCGAGGUCAACAGCAGCUGCAAACGGUACGCGAUGUGAAGUCUGUCGUACCGAAUUCUGGAGCACUAAACGGCUUCGGGAUCAUCUACGCAGGCAGCCAACGUGUUUGAGGGUUUGGGCGGAAUCCGACCUUGACUCUCGAGAAGUUGCCGAGACUAUGCACAGCCGUGCAUGGCGACCUGCCUGUAAAACCAGCGGACCGGCCCCGUGGUGGGCGACCCUCCGUCCUGCAUCGGUAGCCCUUACAACUGCCGAGGCCUCCUUUGAUGGACUUCGAUACAUCACUGACUGGCUCCAGUCCGCUGACAAUAAGCUGGAGGAAGCGCAGGUCCACCAGCUCAUCGCUCAUGGCAUUGCACACCACCUCACUCCGGAAGACAUGCCUGUAGCGGUCAUUCCUACGAGCGCCUCUGCUCAUGGAAUAGCGCAUUGCGCACUUUUUGCUGCACAAGCCAUCCUUGCGCGGAGCGCGGGAAGUCAGACCUACGAAGCCAAUGCCUGCGGAGUGGGCAUUCGGCGGCUGACUCGUCAGCUCAGGCGAGUCCAAGAACUUCGUUCCGUGGUCGAAGCUCUGACUGCCCCGCCAGAUCUGGCCAAAGAGUGCGGCAGCGCAACUUGGAAGUGUUUGCUCGGAACCGUGAGGCUCGUGUCGGUGAGGGGUCUCCUCAUCUCCGUGCGCACGGUUCCUGCCCAGGCUUCCAGCUGCUCCGCUUCGCCAGGCACCCGCGUGACUGCAUGGAAGCUGAAGACCGGCGAGAGGAUGGAAGUGCUGCUGGGCCGUGCGAUUGGUGAGGAUCCUUCGUCGAUGCUCGAAGGGCCCUGGCCACUGAUCCGUGAUCUGUGCAACAGCACCUCGCAGCUGAGGUUGGCAUCGUAG